GGUAUGAACUUCAUAAAUUACAAUACGUUGUUCCCAAGAGAUGCACAAAUACUUGUAGGCCUGCAUCAUGUCAGCCCAACGGCUACACUAGUCUUAGUUGGUCGAAACCAGCUACGACACUGCAGAGUGCUGAACCAGCGCCUGCCUAUCCUGGUUCACGAAUUAUAGGUUCAACUGUCAGAAGCGAAAGCGACCCAUGGUCGCUGCUUCCCAACAACCACCCAGGGCGAGGUCGCGUAACCUCCUGUCCGGCGCCUUCGACCCUCAUCUCAACAUCCGCAAACCGUCGUUUUCAUAGACAACCCAUCCUUAGAAACUUUAUCUAAGCUACAUUUGAUCACUACGCCAUGUUCCUUCGUUCUCUUAUCAUGUCUUACGACUCGUGCCUUUUUUACUGCUAGGCACGUUACUGUUGACCAUGCGGAUCGAUCUUCACAUCGCAGUCGCACCUCGCGCCGUGAUGCGCGACCCAGCCAGCGCGGCCCAAAAGCACGAUCCCCACCACUACCGCCACCACAAGCGCCGUGCUCUCCAAAUACGAGCCUCCAAGUUGCUCAACUGCAAGCGUUUAACAAGCUCCAAGUCUAACCAUCACCACCUUCGGCAGCCAAGGGUUCCAGGGCGUGGGAGCAUGCCCGACGAGCCAGUACAGCCUCCGCCUUAUUCAAGCCCUUUGCCUGAGGACAGGCUCACUGUGGCGCAUACGCUGCCUUGGGACCUCUGCUACGACAGGCCAUCUCAGGAUGCUGCUAGGCGCGUUGGAAAUCUUGCUGGGCGUACAACGGGACCAGCCGAAUCCGGGGAAACAGCGUCCGCGGCAGUUGUCGAGCCUCCAGUUCCAGACAACGGCGCCACAGAUGUAGCUCCGGCAAUGCAUGUCAGCCAACGGGACAUCCAAUCCUGCGAGCCCGUACGCUCGAAGCCGCUUGUAUGUUGAGUCGGUCUUGUUUCCUUGGCAAGUGCGUGGUAUUUUGGUGGUACAGAUCGUGAAGCUCCCUGAGGCGCCUAUCGUUCUUGU